GCAUGGCACCGAUUCAUUCAGUCGGCAAUGGCUACUACGGAAGUGGAGCGAAGGCGGGGCCAGCUUGCUGCUCUGUCCAUAGCAGCAGUGGUCAUCAUUGUUGGAGUCCCUCUAUGGUGGAGAACUACUGAAACCUACCGUGCCUGGCUACCUGUCAGCCAAAUACAGGAGCUUGCUGAUCUGCAGCUUCAGUUAAGUGCUGAUGUGGAGGUUGUAUUUGCACGAGGUACAGUCUCUCCAGAGCAACAGAAAAAGAUCCCACUGACGCUGACAAAGGAUGAAGAGCACAUAAUCGAUGAAAGCACAUCUCUGAGGUAUAGGUAUGAGACCCGCUACCGCACAGCCACCAUCAUGGAGGAAGAUGCUUUGAACCAGCCUACAGCUGCAGAAGCUGAUCUCUCACUGCACACACUUAGUGAAAGUCCAUGUGGCUCUUUAGUAGUUUACAUCAUCCCAGAUUCAUCACUCUUGCUUCCAGAGAAAAUAGAUGUUUACAUUGGCAAACGUCGAACAGCUGUGCUGCGUGUUCGUGCUCAGGUGAAAGUCGGAAAAACACUGGAGCAGUUGCUGACUCAUUUGGAGCCUCAGAUCCAACAGGUGCUGCAGGUGAUGUCUUUCAGUCACGCUGAUAUCACUGCUGCCCUUAGCGACCGUGUCCGACUCAGCCCGGGCAGCAAAGAAAGCAUUGCAGACAGUAUGAGAACCUUCAAAUCAAGCCCUGGUUAUGAGAUCACAUUCAAUCUGUUAAACCCAGACCCAAAAUCACACAGGCUUCAUUGGGACAUUGAGGGUGCUGUGGAAAGCUACAUUCAACCUUUACUUUCAAAACUUGCUCCAGUGGCCAACUUUAGUAUUGAUUCUCAGACCUUACACUAUGCCAUGCUUGGUGUCAACCCUCGUUUUGACAGCAGCCAUAAUGCCUACACACUCAAUGCGGAUAGUCUUGCUCAUGUUAUAAACCCUGUUGAAGCUAGACUUGGUUCCAAUGCAGCCUCCUCCAACCCAGUGCUUAAUUUUUUGUUAUAUGUUCCCGAUGCCAAUCAUUCACCUCUCUUCAUUCACAAUCACAACAAACAAGAAGUACCUUCAAAUGCAUUUCAUUCACCUCGCUGGGGUGGAAUUAUGGUUUAUAAUGUCAAUGAUUUUUAUGGGCCAGAUGUUUCUUUCCCUGUUGACAUUAACAUCAACAUGGCGAAUGUCAUGGGAGUAUUCCUUGCACAACUUCGCCUCUUGUUAGGAGUGCAGUCUUCUCCCCCUCCCUCUGGUUUUCUGGUGGCACCCUGCAAUAGUUUUGGACUGGCUGACUGGGAGCUGGACCGCCUUAUGUGGAGCAGAACUGUGGAAAAUGUUGCAACUGCAACUACGACAAUCACCUCUUUGGCACAAUUGUUGGAUCAGAUAGGCAACAUUGUUAUCAACGACAAUAUUGCCAAAGAGGUGUCCAGUGCUGUUACAGCUCUGCAGUUGGCCAUAGCAGAGUUGGAAGCUGGGAACCUCGGCUUUGCACUGCAAUACAGCAAAGAGGCAAUCUUAGCUUCUGAAAAAGCAUUUUUUGAUCAAUCAUUGCUCCACCUCCUAUACUUUCCUGAUGAUCAGAAGUUCGCCAUUUACAUCCCUUUGUUUUUGCCCAUGUGUGUGCCAAUCUUUCUAUCACUGCUAAAAAUAUUAUCAGAAGUUAGACAAAGACGGAAGCAGAAGCAAGCCAAAAAGGACUAAAACAUGAGCAAUGUGUAAACAUGAAAUAUUUAGUCCACUUAGAAUUAUAGGGUUCUAUCUGACUUUGUCAAAAUUGACUUAUUCAUAUAUUCUUGUAUUUGAACAUGUUCAAUUUAGUUUAACAUUUAUUCAGUGCAUGUUUUAAACAUAUAUUGGCAAAGACAUACUUUGUGCUCUAUGGUCAAGGUGACCUAAUCUACCCAGAAUGCAGAUAAGAACCAUAGACUAUAUACAUUUACAUAAAUAUAUAAACUUUGUACAGUCCAUGGAUAGAACCCUAUGAUUCCAAGGGGACAGUUUAAAUUUGGACUGUAAAUAGUGAAGGUAUAAAUCAUUGUAUUGAGUGACACACAAUACCCUUUGUCACUUGUAAUUUUAUUUGUGUGUGUGUUUGUUUGUUUUUUAUUAGUCGGUGUUAAUUUAUUGAAUAAAGUUCUUUUCUCUUU